CUAAAGCAAGAUCACUGCAAUCGAAACAACUAAACAUAUAUUUAAAUUGUUGGUUAUUCGAUUUAUCUACUGAAUUUAAUGCGCGGUAUUACAAACGCCGAAUAAAGUUAAAAAUUUUACGCUUGGCACUGCUAUGGCGACUGUUAUUAUCAUAGUGUGCUCAGCAGGCGCAAUUUCCGUGGUUUUAUUGAUUAUUGUUGUGGCCUUGAUUAUCAAAAUAAGGAAAAAACUUGCCGCAUUAUCAUCUUCACAACUUACGGAGCUUAUAACACAUAGCACAUCUUCUGAACGGAUAAACGUUCCAGAAGUACAAGAGUCAAACCGUCGUGAAGGUAAAGAGACUAAAGAUAGAAAUAAUGCAGCAGGAAAGACUGCUAAUUUCGAAAGGGAUGACGGUAUAUAUGAACAUAGGAAUAUAAAAAAUGACAUGGGUAUAAAGGUAUGUUCAAAACCAUCCCACUAUGAGAAAACAUGUAACAAAGAAACAAUAGACAGUAGAAAUAUGUCAGCACCUAUAAAACCCGAACGAACAUAUGCUGAGCCAGAUAUAUUCAACAGAUUAGAUAAAAAUGAAGCCAGUUCGAGGACAUAUUAUAACACAUCAAUACUACAUACAAUGGAAGAUACAGAUGAUAAUAUCAAAACAAUACGCAAUGGAAAUAUUUAUUAUUUACCUCCAGAUAAAAAGCAGAACACGUUACCAGAAUAUGCAGCGAUUAACAAAACGGGAGAACUACCUGCUCCAUUUCCAACUCAAGACAUUACUGAGGAAGAUACAAGCACCCCAAAAACAGACAAUAUGACAUCAAUAAAAAUUUAUGAAGAAAUAUAAAUGCUCGAGAUUCAACUAACACAGAAAAUUGAAAUAAUGUAAACAAUAAAACUACCUAACCUCAAGCAGAUUUCAAUUGUCAAGAUGUAGUUUGAUAGAGUAUGAGGAGAAAGAACAACAACAAUAAGAUCCAAAGUGAGUAGAAAGUAAAUGCAUUCUCAAAGAAUAACCAUUCAAAAGUUAUUAAUAAUAACGAAUACUGUAAAAUCAAUAAUGAAACAGCAUCUCCUCAAAAGCAAGAAAAAGCAAGUCAGGAGAUAAAUGCAAAUGAAGCAAGUGCAAAAACACACUGCGAUACAUUAGAACUACAUAUUAUAUUGGAAAAUGCAACCUCGUCCACAAGGUCUUGUGCCCCCUAUAACUUUUUUCUAAAUGAAAACAAAAUUUUCAUAAUA